UUUUAGUUCUUACAUUUAUCUACUAACGUUAGAGGAGAGCAGGGGUACAAAUUAAGGCUCUGGGUGAUUCCCCUCCAUUUCCCAAGCCUUGACCACAGAAGCCACACUUGCAUUUGAAAGUGAAAGUGAUUGGGACCAAUCCACCAAUAAAUGCUGGAGUCAAACACACAGAGAAAUCACUCCAUGUGUGACAACUGAAAUCUUCAUGACAUAAUGUUGAUGCUGGUGAAAGAGGAGCUUGAGAAGAUGACAGAUCCACAACCAUGCAGAAUAAAGGAUGAAGAUACUGAGGAACAAAUAGUUUACACCCACAAGUAAAAGUGAUUGAGACCUUCAGUGAAGCUCCUCCUACAACAAUCCACCAAUAAAUGCUGGAGUCAAACACACAGAGAAAUCACUUCAUGUGUGACAACUGAAAUCUUCAUGACAUAAUGUUGAUGCUGGUGAAAGAGGAGCUUGAGAAGAUGAAAGAUCCACAAUCAUGCAGAAUAAAGAAUGAAGAUACUGAGGAACAAAUAGAUAUGAUGGAAGUGAAAGAGGAGAGUCAAGCUGAAGUGGAUGAGAAACAUCAGAUUGUAAAAAUAAACCAUAAUGUUUCACAGAAAGAAACUCUGAAGACAGAAGACAUAAAGUGUGAAAAUAGUUUCAGUGAAGAUGAACGACCUGCAGAUCACAAGAGGACUCGCAGUAAGGAGAAACCUUUCACAUGUCAACAGUGUGGAAAGAGUUUCAGAGAUAAAAGUAAACUUGAGACUCAUGUGAGAAGUCACAUUAAAGAAAAACCACACGCGUGCCAUGAGUGUGAAAGGAGUUUUAUAUCUGCAAGUUACCUUAAGAUACACAUGAGGUCUCACACUGGAGAGAAACCUUAUGUAUGUCAACAGUGUGGAAAGAGUUUCAGAAGAAAAUGGUACCUUAACGAACAUGUGAGAAUUCACACUGGAGAGAAACCACAUCUGUGUCAUCACUGUGGAAAGAGUUUUACAACUGCAAGUGAACUUAAGAAACAUUCAAGAGUUCACACCGGAGAGAAACCACACAUGUGCCAUCACUGUGAAAAGAGUUUUACAACUAAAGGUAAUCUUAAGACACACAUGACACUUCACACUGGAGAAAAACUGUUCACAUGUCAUCUGUGUGGAAAGAGUUUUAGAACGAAACGUGACCUUAAUAGACAUGUGAGAAUUCACACUGGAGAGAACACAUUCAUUUGUCAUCACUGUGGAAAGGGUUUUACGAUGAAAUGUGACCUUAAUAGACACGUGAUAAUUCACACUGGAGAGAAACCAUACUUGUGUCAACACUGUGGAAAGAGUUUCAGAACAAAAACUAACCUUAACCUACACAUGAGGAUUCACACCGGACAGAAAACACACGUGUGCCAUCACUGUGAAAAGAGUUUUACAACUAAAGGUAAUCUUAAGACACACAUGACACUUCACACUGGAGAAAAACUGUUCACAUGUCAUUUGUGUGGAAAGAGUUUUACAAUGAAAUAUGACCUUAAUAGACACGUGAGAAUUCACACCGGAGAGAAACCAUACGUGUGUCAACCCUGUGGAAAGAGUUUCAGGACAAAAUCAAACCUUAAUGUACAUUUGAGCACUCACCCUGAAGAGAAACCCUUCACAUGUCAUGAGUGUAAAAAGAGUUACAAAACAAAAGCUACACUUAACAAACACAUGAGAAUCCACACUCAAUAGAAACCAUUCAUGUCUCAACAGUGUGGAUAUGGCAACAGAGUUUAUAAAGAUCUUGUUAAUAAAACUGUCUGGAGGAUCUUUACUAAAAGUCUACGUGCGCCCAAAACUCCAAGAUGUCUGUACUUGUGUUCUUGUGGACUUGUGAAACGUCAUCAGUCGUGGCCCAAGUACUGUUCCAAUUCCAAGUUCACAUCAAGUCAAGUUCACAUAACAUCUCAGGAUGUGUUCUUGAUCCGCUCAUUGUAUCGAGGAUGCAUCAGAAGGUGACUUGUGUGGACUUAUGAAAGACAAGUUAGAAUGCAUUUCACGUCAACGGCAAUGGAGCUUAAAACCUGCACAAUAUUUGAAAUAUUACUCUUUUGUGUCAUAAAAUGUAGCUUUUUAGUUGAAAAUAUUGAUGAAUAAACUAGUGUUGUAGUCAAGACCACCUAAACCGAGACCAAGACAGGCCGAGACCAAGUCAAGACCAAGACCCCAGUGCAAGUCACUGCAUUAAAACACUUAUGAUAAAAUGUGGAAUAUGCAUAUGAUUAGGCACUUCUUGUGCGUGUGCGUGCCAUCAGAGAAGUUGAGAAAACAAUCAAAGACAUUGCAGAUAUGUGGGAAUUUAUCUUUGUCUAUAAGCAACUAAAGAGCUGAAAUCAACUUAACCAUUUAAUCUGAACUGUCUUUCUAUGGCUUGCCAUCCACUUAACACAAUGCAGGUGUUUUUAGUAAUAAAAUUUGAAAAUUUGUCAUUGGGAGAAACUUAAACAAUGCUUAAACAAUGCCAACAUCAUAUGCCAAACCUGAAUAAACUGCAUAAAAUUAAUGGUAAAAAAUAAAUUUGUGAUGUUCCAUCAGUUGUCCGAGAACUCUUAAUCCCUUCAAUAACACUCCGAGUAAAAAUGCGGUCGAUUCCAAGACGAGACCAAGACCUUUAAGACCGAGACCGGUCUCGAGAACUACAACACUAGAAUAAACUUUAAUUCUUUGGUUAGUUAGUAAAGAUAGCGCAUAUAUUAUAAUUUUCUCUGAUGAUUUGGAUAUGUGAGUUCAAGGUGAUCAGCAGGCCGUCAGCACUGUGUACACACCACUGAGGGCAGUAUCCUCUCGGCAAGUCCUUCUGAAAUUUGCCGUUGGCUCAGUGUAGCUGCUCUGCCCUUCAAUGUCUGAUCGUUAAACAUGAAAUAUUCCCUUUGGAUAUACACUAUAUUGUCCAAAGUUUUGGGACACCCCUCCAAAUCAUUGAAUUCAGGUGUUCAAGUCACAUCAACUGAAAGGAACUCUUAAUGCUUCAUCAUACCAAGACAUUUUGGAUAUUUUCAUGCUCCAACUUUGUGGGAACAGUUUAGGGAUGGCACCAGUGCACAAAGCAAAGAGUGUGCAGAAACUUGACUGGCCUACACAGAGUCCUGACCUCAACUCAAUCAAACAUCUUUUGGAUGAAUUAGAGCGGAGACUACGAGCGAGGCCUUCUCGUCCAACAUCAGUGUCUUACAAAUGUGCUUUUAGAAGAAUAGUCAAAAAUUCCCAUAAAUGCACUCUUAAACCUUGUAGAAAGUCUUCCAAGAAGAGUUGAAGCUGUUAUAGCUGCAAAGGGGGGACAAAACUCCAUAUUAAACCAUAUGGAUUAAGAUAUAUAUUUUCUAUAGAAACUUAACACUGAAUAACUGCCUUUGUACUUAAACUAGAUUUUUUGUGUUUACUUCAUGUCGUACAAAAGUUUUGUACAUUUAAUGAAUGGUUUUAUAUCAUAUUUCAUUUUGUAAUAAAUGCAUUGAAGCUAAUCAGGGGUCCAUGUACUUUUGCAUCUGUUUAUUUUUCCUUUUUAACCAUGACAAGAAAAAUAAAAUAUAAAUGUUACACAAAUAAAUAAUUGAAUAAAGUGAUUUUUACAUUAUUUUUUUUUGUAGUUUCACAUUCAGACUUCUUUUGGCUGUGAAUCUGCAA